ACACACACACACACACACACACACACACACACACACACUCGUACACACACACACACACACACACACACACACACACACACACACACACCAGCACCUGUCACCCCGCCACACUCCGCUUCUGACCGCUCGCCUCGACACACGUCCCGGGACUCGCCCACCUCAGCCCGGCGCGAGAACACACGCCCCCCAAGCAGCGGAGGCCAAUGUGUGCGCGCGUCACUCGGGGAAUAGCGCGUGUUUCAGUGAAUGGCCGUGAGCGAGAGUGCUUUUUGGUGAGCCGCCAGUGAUGUCCGCCUCGCCUCUCCUCUCGCGGUGAAGGUACGAGCGGACGGUAAACUUUAGUCACUUUUUUGAAAUCUUGUAUCUUUAGACAGACUUGUGUUUUCUGUCUCUGCUUGGCGUGCGGGUUUUAGGCAGUGAAAUGAGACGCGUGUGGCGGGAGCUGCUGGCAGUGUCUUGUCAGCUAGGUAGGGCGACGCUGCUCGGGGCCACGCGGGACAGCAAGUGAGUGAGAGAAGGAGAGGAGCGGAGUGAGUGGAGUCUGAGGAGAGGACGAGGAGAGCCUGGGCGUGAAGUAGCGAUACAUGACGUGUGACAUGUGUGAGUCCGUGAGCGUCACUGAGAAUGGAUGUGUCAAGCAUCAGCGAGGUGGUGCAGCUCGUGCCUCGCCUCGCCGCUGCCGCUGAGAACCAACACCACUCCCAGGACAACAAGUGCCGCUCACUCCUGUUGCUGCUGCUUCCUUCCACCUCCACGCGCGACACCCAGUAAAAAGCAAUGAAGACCUCACCGCUUAGACUCUUCCCCCUCGUCGUGCUCCUUCUCCUUUGCCUUUCGGUGAGAAGAGGUAUAGCUGAAAAUGUGGGCAGCUUGCACGACACAUCGCUAUCCGUCGAGACGCCCUCUGGUGGCGGACGCGGAGGGGCGGGCGAGGCGAGUGGCGAUCAGGUGAACAGACUGCAGAAGGCUGACCCGGGCGAGGACAGCAAUGGCGAGCUUGCGGCGGCCUUACUGCCCAAACCAGAAGCCCUGCAGGGAUCCCUCAGCACCCGUCCAGCCGGUCAGGCCACUCCCAGGGGCGCCCACCAAACGCUCCAUGGACAGAGUUUCGGCAGGACCACGCCCUCUUGUGCUCUCUGUUCCAGGGAGCGGAAUCUGUGCAGAAUCAUUUCAGGCAUCUUCACCCGCUCUCCACUGCCCUACGGCUACUCCCUGGUGACCCCUGUGCCUGCAGGAGUGUGUAACCUCACCAUCACUGAGAUGAAGCCUUCCAAAAACUACUUCGCAUUGCGACGUUCUGACGGGACGUACAUACUGAACGGAAACUGGGACAUCAAAACAGCCGGCGAGUAUGAGGCGGGUGGUACCACCUUCAUCUACACACCAGGCAGCGAGGAGCACGGCGAGCGGCUCUCAGCACCAGGCCCGCUAAGGGAACCUGUUGAUUUUAUGUUGAUCUCACAGAGCCCCAACCCGGGCAUCGAGUAUGAGUACCGCGUGCCGCUGCCGGAAUACGGCGGGAACCCGUCAGCAGUGGGCCUCCCUGGCGCAGCGAGACCCGGUGUAGGGAGCAGACCGGUGCCGGGAGUGCCAGUAGUGCCAGGAGUGUCAGGUCUGCCAGGACUGCCUGCCAGCAGCGUGGUACCCAGUCAAGGACAACGUCGACCCUUCCAGAGCAGCCCUAACCUGUCUUCCAGAACUCCCAGCUAUGGCACCAGGAAUCCUGGACAGGGGUCAGUGUUCCCAUUCGGUAGUGGCGGUGGUGGGCGGCCCUUAGACACCUUCAUGCCCCUGACGCCUGUGCUGCAGCCAGUGGUGGGGCCUUCCUCCGGAUUUAACUCCAGCAGCAUGUCGAUAUAUCCCGCAAUCCACACAGCAGCUUGGCCACGAGUCCUGCUGGCACACCGAGAAGGUGGCCGCCUUACCUCGGCGUACCCCAGGGCUCGCCAAUGGAUGCAGCUUCCAGAACUCCAGGCAGAAUCCGGCGUGAUUUCCCGCGGCCAGCCCAUCACGCCGCUCACUCCCUCACGCACAGGGCCCAUCCCUCGUCCCUGGAGGCCCGGCCUCAGCUCCCCAGAGAGGGGGCGUGCCUCGCCAGUCCCAGGGAGUCCAUUUCUGCAGGGUCAGCCCUUCCCAAAGGGCACUGCAGGCAACACGGUGUCGUCCAUAGGUGUAGGGAAAGGAUUGCCGGGGCGUGAGAGGGAAGUGAUUGUCAGCUCCGAGAACAGCGGCAGGGACGGAAGACUCCUGACAUCCUCGAGGGACGGCGGGAGACAGACACUGUAUAAGGCUACUAACCACCACAGGGUGCAGUCAGGCAAGGCCACCACCGCAGCGCCUGUGUCCACCCACAGAACCCGCCACCGACACGGCCUUCAAGGGACUCAAAGCAGAACCAAAGUGCCAGGGAAGGCUUCACAGUUCCCCACUUUCGACCCUGAUGUGCAGCUGACUCAACCCAAGGCUUCCGUGCAGCCCACUACUAAUGCCACGGACUCCGCUACGGCCUCGAGAAGCAGAGGUGAAGGAGAAGGCCGUCACCGCCACCGCCACAAACAGAACGGAGCGAGGAGACCCGGCAAGAACAGGCGCAAGGACAGGACGCGUCUACGGGUGCAAAGAGGCAGGUUCCAGUGGGCUGAGAAGGGCCUUACUCCGUGCUCCAGACCCUGCGGUGGAGGCAACCAGACAGCGAUCUUGUCAUGUGAGAGGAAAAGGAACAAGAAGGUGGUAGCGGACCGUCGCUGUUCCCACCUACCACGUCCUGAUGCUCGCUUCGUCCUGUGCAACCUGAACCCAUGUCCUGCAUCGUGGGUGCCGGGCGAGUGGGGCCCGUGCAGCGUGACGUGUGGCAUGGGGGUGCAGAUUCGCCCCACAGUGUGUCAGCGUGUGGUUUCUCCUACCCUCACACUCACAGUUCCUGAUGGGACCUGCCGUUCCCCGCCCACUGUCACCACCUCGCAGGUGUGUGAGAUGGGACCCUGCAUGAGCACCAGCCCAACGUGGGAGACGGGACCGUGGACUAACUGUUCAGCGCCAUGUGGUCUGGGUACCCGAUCCAGGCAGGUGACGUGCAUCGUGGAGGGCCUGGCUGUGGUUGAUGACCGCUGUAGCCUCGGCGCUCGGCCCGUGAGGGAGGAGGUGUGUGACAUGGGCUCUUGCGCCACCAACACCUGGUUCUUUUCUGCUUGGUCUGAACAGUGCUCGGAGCCAUGCGGGGCGGGUGUCCAGACAAGAAGAGUGCACUGCCUGGCAGGUGACACCCAGACGUCUUGCCCUGCAUCGGAACGACCUGACGCCACCAGACCGUGUACAGGGCUGAGUGGCUGCGGCGGUCAGUGGUUUGUAGGCUCGUGGGGUGAAUGCAGUGAGCCGUGCGGUGUUGGGCGGGAGACGCGGCCCGUGCUGUGCGUCCUCCACGUGCAGACGCGGUGGAAGGUGGUGGGCGACUCGCAAUGCCAUGGAACCGAGAGGCCUCAGGACAACAGGGAGUGCAACGUUCAGCCAUGUUUGCCUGUUUGGUACACCUCAAGCUGGUCGCAGUGUUCUACGUCAUGUGGUGGUGGAAUACAGCGGCGCGAGGUCACCUGUCUAGACCUGCACCUUCACGCCUCUCCUGACUGCGACAACGCCACCAAACCCGACGCCCGCCGCCCCUGCCACCUCCACGCCUGCUCUGAUGAUGCCCCGCGCCUCGUCCACGCCCCAGCAGCAGGUGAAGGCGUCCCAGGCAAUCCGGAGUCCCCAGUAGCGUUCUUCUCCACUGAGGAAGACGAGGGCACAGAAGGAAGGCCUGAAACAUCGCCGGGAACCUCAGGAGACUUCAGACACACGGGGGAGGCUGGCAGGGAGGCAACAGAAAUGACACAGGCCGAGAGACAUGAGGCGGAAAAGGAAAAGGAGGAGGAGGAGAAUAUAGAUAAUUUAAGGGCAGUAACGGUGGAGGAGGAAGAGGAGGAGGAGGAAGAAGAAGAAGAGGAAGAGGAGGAGGAGGAAGAAGAGGAAGACAACGAGUUAGUGGAGGAGACAGCUGAAGACAACCUCGGUAAUCUUUCCGAAGGAGAUGCACAAGGUGACGAGUCCUUUGCUGAUGAAGGGGAAGAAGAAGAGGAAGAGGAAGAGGAACUGGUGCAGCGUGAGGAGGAGGAGCAGGAGCACGAAGAAGAGCAGAAGAGAAGGAAGAGGAAGAGGAAGAAGGAACGGAAGAAGGACAGGAGAGUGAAGGAGAGUGAAGGAGCAUCGUCAGCUAGUAACAGUAAUAGAAGGAUAACUGCCGUCUCUCAGAAGCCAUUGUGCAUUGACCGCAUCAAGAACUGCCACCUGGUGUUCCGUGCUCGCCUCUGCCGCCUCAAGUACUACAACAAACUGUGCUGCAGAACUUGUACCUCCACCUGAGCUGUUGCUGCUGCUCCCACUACUGUUACCCCUACUGUUACUACUGUCGCCUGAUUCACCACCUGUUAUUACUGUCGCCUGAUUUACCACCUCCAGCACCUUGGUGAUACACACGCCACUACGAUCACUACCAUCACCAUUGCUACAACAACAACAACUACUACUAUUACUAUUACUACUUGUGUUAUCACCUCCACCAGAGUCAGCUUUCACUGGGAAGAACUGACGUCACCACCGCCGCUUCUAUAUGCGAAGUCUCUCUCUCUCUCUCUCUCUCUCUCUCUCUCUCUCUCUCUCUCUCUCUCUCUCUCUUAAUAACCACUUGUAGUUAAGGAAAAGAGUUACUGUUGCUUGUCAUUGAGGAUGCAUUACUUUUAACCCCGGAUCACUCCCAAAAAGUUGUGUUUUUAAACCUACUUGUUAUCCAGAGAGUAAAGCAUGUGAUUCCAAUGUCUUAUCUUAUCUUGUUUAUUAUUUUCUAUCAUCUGCCAGACAUCGUGUACAGCCACUGCAAUGAUGUAGUGUAGGUGGUGGUUUUUAUCUAAAUGAAAAAUACGUGUAUGAAAUUUCUGGAAUAGAUGUCUUUAAGUAUGUCAGUUAAAAUUUAUAUCGAUCUGAGAAAUGAAAUGAAUAAACUUAUGUACGUAGAGAGAGAGAGAGAGAGAGAGAGAGAGAGAGAGAGAGAGUGUUAGUUCGGUGAUUCACGUGGUGGUUGAGCAAUAAGGUACACUAAAUGAUUAAAUAAACAGCUCAGGUGACGAUGAGCACCGUGUACCGUGGCUGUGGAGGUGCCCAUGGUACGGUGAGGUGCGGGAAGGUGACUGCAGAGGAUACGGUGUAGUUCGGUGUUGAUAGAAGUGUGUGUGUCUUAGAAUUAAUAGUUUCCGUCAAGCGAAGUGUCUCAUCUUGUUCUCCUUUCUCGGUUCGUAUCUUCUCGUGUAAGCGCUGCGGCAGUUGGUGUAUUUCUAUGUAUUUGUUAGCAGAUAUUAUACAGCAGUUGUUGUCUGUGUGUCCUAUAGAAGUGUCUGGUAUACAUAUAUAUAAAGUAAGUGGGUGGAGUACUGUACCUCUUCUUGAUGGUUAUACAUAUACAUAUAUACAUUAUCACUGUUAAUAUAAUUGCAUCAUUGUAUUGAUCUAAGUAUACGUACUCAUUUAGUCCUUUCCGGCAAGACACUGUUCUUUCACUCACCGCUUAGUUGCAUUUCUCAUUAUCAUGUUAUUGUUUUCACAUUUACAUUCGCUACUUGUGUACCCCGCGGGUGCUCUUAAAGUUAUGGUUAUGUUGUAAUGUGCAACUGUCUCCUGGGAGAUAAUAUAGUUUAGCAAUUAGUGUUUUCUGUAAGGUAUGUAUGUAUGUAUGUAUGUAUGUGUCAUAUUUCGUAUGUGUCCUGAGUGUACUCCUUUAUUCUUCGUGUGUGUGUGUGUGUGUGUGUGUGUGUGUGUGCAUGACUCUUCCUGAUUCCAUUUAUCUAUUACUCUAGUUAGUUUACCUCAGUAUAUGACUUGUGCAUUAGUUUACUUCUUGCGUAUGUGCUGGAAAACUACUGCGAGAGUUCCCCUUAAUCCCACCAAUCACUCCUCCUUUAAUCCUCUCCGAUAUUUUGUAGCAGGUGCGACGUUUAAUACUCCCAACACUCUUUUGUUAAUGGCCCAGUGUGUGUGUGUGUGUGUGUGUGUGUGUGUGUGUGUGUGUGUGUGUGUGUGUGUGUGUGUGUGCGUGUCGUGUACCGGACUUGUAAAGAUGUGGCUUUAUAUUAGCGUUUUUCUUCUUAGUUUCCAUUGUCCUUCACUUACAAGCAGAUUUCAUGUUUCACUUGUGAUAUCAAGAUUCUUUUCUCUAACUUGACUUAACAAGGUACUUUCGUUAUUGAUUUGGUCAACUUUACGGAAACUUCAUAUAUAUAUAUAUAUAUAUAUAUAUAUAUAUAUAUAUAUAUAUAUAUAUAUAUAUAUAUAUAU